AUGCAUGCGUCCAUGGAGCUGCCGUCGAUAACGAGCCACAAAAAGAUGUUGAGCAUGAGCGCGAUACCUCUUCAACUGGAGCCGCUCGGGUACAAGCCCAAGCAAGGCGCGGGGACGGUCGACCGCUUGCAGCAGUUUGACCCGCAGCUUUCGCCCCCCAAGUACAAGCUCGAGAAGCUCUCGGCGCCAUCGCCCGUCAAGGACAAGGAGCCCGAUGCGAUGGUGUGUCGAAAGCAGCAUCUGCAAGCGAUCGCACCCAGCAGCGCGCAGCUCGAGAAGUCGGUCCGACACUCGAGCCACGGCUUCCACCAUGUCGACGCAAGCGACGAAAGCUCGCAGUCCAAAGACGCGCUGCGAACGACAAUGCCACAUUUGCAGCAUUUGCCCCACGACUAG